GCAACACUUUUUACAGUGGAGUCGAUUGUCCGUCUCACAGUCGAUUAAUUUGCAUAUUUUUAUUUUUGUGGUGUUAAAUCAUUUAAAAAUAGUAAUAAAAUUUCUGUUCGUAAUUCUUAUGCGUCUUUAAAGUCACUAGAACAUGUGGAAUAUUUUCUAAAACGGGAAUAAUAUUAUCACGUUGUGAUGGAGCUAAAUGUCAAAAAAUUCAGUGGAUUCGUGCCAAUGGACAAGAAAUUGUAGCUGAUGUGAAAAUUUGUUUUUUGUGCGUUUUAUUGAAAACUGAUGGUAUCUGAAACAUUAAAUGCAGUGUUCAAUUAUUUAGAUUUUCUUCCGAAGGAGUCUUCAGCGUGGUUUAGCAAUCCAAUUGGAUUGGAUGAUUUUACAAUUUUGAAAGAGCGAAGUUUGCAAUAACUGCGGUCGUUUCAUUAUGAGUUCUCUGCCGCCGGUGGAGCUGGAAGUGGAGGUUGUUGAUGACGCUAUGGAGGAUGACACCGCCGACAUGAUCCCCUCAGAGAGGUUUACCUUGCCGGUGCGCGCUGACGCCGUGGUGGAGCUGUGGCGCUCCAAGCUGACGGAGGGUGUGCUCUCCCCCGCGCAUUUCCAGGACUACUGGAGGGUCACCGUGCCAAGGAUCUACUCGCCGCAGCCCAACAGGACCUGCCUCGAUUGGUCAUUCGAUGAAGAGUUGGCUCAGAAGCUGUUGAUCCAGCCGUUGGAGCAGUUCGUGUGGGGCGACAGCGAUGCCUCGCAACCGCCCAUGCCGCGGCGCUCCACGCUCUGCGGCCGCGUCUUCAAGCAGGGCGAGCCCGCCUACAGCUGCAGGGAGUGCGGUAUGGACAACACGUGCGUGCUGUGCGUGGAGUGCUUCAAGGUGUCAGCGCAUCGACACCACAAGUACAAGAUGGGGCAGUCGGGCGGCGGCGGCUGCUGCGACUGCGGCGAUACAGAGGCCUGGAAACGAGAUCCCUUCUGCGAGCUACACACCGCUCCAGAGAACGAGGAACAGGAGUCCCAGUCCACCAUCAGCGCUGAAGUGAUAGAGCGCAUGAAGAUCCUCGCCUCCGUUUGCUUCUCCUACUGCUUCCGGCUGCUGACCCUCGACCAUGCGCCCGGACUGCCCAAUGAACUCAGGCUGAAGGACGGUGAGCGCGAUCUGCUGCAGAUCCUGGACCAGCCGGACUGCUACUGCACCGUCAUGUACAAUGAUGAGACCCACACCUUCGAACAGGUGAUAGCAACGCUGACGCGAGUGCUGAAGGCGAACCACCGCGACGCCGUGGAGCUGGUCAGCCUCAUCGACCGCGAGGGCCGCGCGCUUGUCAAGUGCAACUCCUUCCAGAUGUGCGAUAAACUCAAAACUGAAAUCGAGGCCCGCACCGCGAUGUUCGAAAGGUUCACAUCCCGCCACGGGCCGGUGCUGAAGGUGCUGGUGAUGCACGCGCACGUCGUCGCCCACCAGCACUACGCCAUGAAGCUGCUGCAAUGGCUGCAGAACUUCGUGUGCAAGGAGCCGACGCUGCGGCUGGCGGUGAGCCAGGUGGCGCUGGGCGAGGAGGCGGGGGGCGCGGGGGGUCCGGGCGCGGCGGGUGCGGGGGGCGUGGCAGCGGGCGUCAUGCAGAACGACUGCCGCAUGUGGAAGGCGGCGCGCGCCGCGUGGCAUCGCCUGCUCAUUGCCACCACGCUUAUGGAUUAUGACACUAAGCGGAAUAUGGCGAUUCUGUUCACCAAGUAUUAUGGUUCGAUGCUGAAGGACUUCAUCCGCGAUGACCAUGACCACUCGUUCUCGAUAUCCUCUAUGUCGGUGCAGCUGUUCACGACGCCCACGCUGGCGCACCAUCUCAUAGCGAAGCAUGACGCGCUCUUCGUUGUUAUGAACACAUUUGUUAGUGAAUGUCUAAGACGCUGCAAUAGCAGGGGUCGUUUGGAGUUCGACCGCAACCAUGUGUCGAUGGCGUUCAAGCGCGCCCAGUUCAUCUUGUAUGACGUGAAGUAUCUUCUGGGCUCCGUGCCCACAGCUUUCGACGACGACUUGCGCAAGGGCUUCCUGCACGGACUCUCCCUCAUCAUCUCCCUCCUCGUCAUGAUGCAGGGCAUGGACUCUGUUGUUAGACAGCGCGGCCAGCACAUGGAAUACGAGCCGGAGUGGGAGUCCGCGUUCAACCUGCACGUGAAGCUGGCCAACAGCAUCACGCUGGCGCUGGAGUGGUGCGGCGCCGAGCGCGGCCUGCUCGCCUCCGCCUACCGCAUGGCGCUGCGCCGCCACGCCGACACCUGCGGGCACGACACGCUGCAGCUCAGAGAGCUCGGCAGCCAGAGCGCGCUGGUGAUCCCGUACGACGUGUCGAUUGCGCCCGUGUCGAUACACCGGCCGCUGUCCCGCUUCAUCGCCGGCCUGCAUCUGCACCUGCAGCAGCACGGCCUCGCCUACCACAGCCGGGAGUUCGACAGGCAUGAUAGACCUAAGCCAACGCCGGAGGAACUCAUUGAGCCUGUGCUGUGUACGAUGGCUAUGAUAGCGCAAGUACACGCGGGCAUGUGGCGACGCAAUGGAUACGCGCUCCUCAACCAGCUCUACUUCUACCACAAUGUGAAGUGUCGCACUGAGAUGUUGGACCGUGACGUCGUUAUGCUGCAGAUCGGUGCAUCCCUGAUCGAGAGCAACGAGUUCAUAAUCCACGUGCUGAACAAGUUCAACUUGCUGGAGUGGGCGUCGCCGCAGUUCGAGCAGCAGAACAUCGAGUACGACACGCUGAGGCAGACCAGCAGCAUGGUGGAGGAGUUCCUCGGACUGCUCAUCACGGUGGUCGGUUCCCGCUACGUGCCGGGCGUGGGCGAAGUGAGCAAUGAAGAUCGCACCAAGAAGGAGAUCAUACAGAUGCUGUGCGUCAAGCCAAUGCCGCACUCGGAGCUCAACAGAUCUCUCCCAGAAGACCAGCUGCAUGAGACCGGAUUAGAAGCAGUGAUACACGAAGUGGCAGACUUCGUGAAGCCCAAAGGUGGUAACAACCGCGGCAUGUACAAGUUGAAGCCGCACCUCUACGAUGAAUAUGACACCUUCUUCUAUCACUACACUCGAGAGGAAUUAUCCAAGAGUGAGGAGGAGCAGCGGAAUAGAAGGAAGGCUGCUGGUUUGCCGGAGUGCUGCCCGCCGCCGCCGCUGCCGAAGCUGUCGCCAGCAUUCCGGCUGCUGGCCAGCCUGCUGCAGAGCGACGCGGCACUGCACGUGCUGCGCUGCGUGCUGGAGCGUGCUAUCGACCUGCGCGCCAGAUCCUUCUCAGAGACACAAGUGCACAAGGCUCUACACCUGAUCGGGUACGCGAUACGCGACGAGGAGAGCGGGAACUACGAGUUCCUCGCGUUCGCUGAGAGCGCGCAGCGCAGCGGCCUGGUCGAGCUGCUGCAAAAGCUGUGCUCGUGCGCUCGCGUCGAGCCCCACCUGCCGCUCGCCAAGUGGCUCUACGCCAGGAUCAAGGCGCUGCUGGGACAGUCGGAUGAGCACGCUGGUGAUGGUGAUAACAUGGACACAGACCAGGGGCAGAAGAACUCCGAAGAUUCGGCAGAUGCAGAGAAGAACCGUCGUGCCAAGUUGGCUGCGGAGCGCCGCGCCAAGCUGAUGGACCAGAUGAAGGCGCAGAUGAAUAAAUUCAUAUCCAACAACGCGGUGCUCUUCGAGGAGACCAAUACAGAGGUGACCCCGGAGGAGCAAGAACUACGUCCGCUGUACGCGGGCGCGGCGCUCGGCGUGUGGGGAGGUGGAGUGCCCGACCCCCCGCGAGUCUGCAUCAUGUGCCAGGAGGAGGUGGCCCGCGUGGAGCUGAACAUGGAGCCGGUGGUGCUGGUGGCGUUCGUGCAGCAGUCGACGGUGCUGAGCCGGCUGCGCGGCGUGGUCAGCUGCCCGCGAGACGCCUACCUCGCCGCGGGCGUGGGCUCGCAGCCGCACGUCUCCACCUGCGGCCACGUGCUGCACGCGCGCUGCUGGAGGAAGUACGUCGAUGGUGUCAGGGAUAAAGAGAAGAUCAGACCGUACCGCCUGCGUCAGCCGGCGGCGUUCGACGUGGAGAAGUGCGAGUACCUGUGCCCGCCGCGCCUCGUGCCGCUGCCCGACGACUUCUCCGAGCUGAUGAACGUCAUGUCCGAGUUCUCCUGCCCCAACUCCGAGCGCGAGGACAGCAAGUUCCCCACCAUGUGCCUCGUGUGCGGCCAGAUCCUCUGCUCGCAGAGCUACUGCUGUCAGAUCGAGGUGUCCGCCCGCGGCGGGGUGACGGAGCACGUGGGCGCGGUGGUGGCGCACGCGGCGCAGUGCGGCUCCGGCUCCGGCGUGUUCCUGCGCGUGCGCGACUGCGAGCUGCUGCUGCUGGCGUCCGCGGCGCCCUCGCGCGGCGCCAUGCUGCCCGCGCCGUACCUCGAUACAUACGGAGAAACAGACCAGGGUCUCCGUCGUGGCAACCCGCUGCACCUGUGCCCGGAGCGGUACGAGCGACUGCGCAUGCUGUGGCUGUCGCACGGCGUGCACGAGCGCAUCGCACGCGGCCUCGACGCCAACGUGAUGGUGGCCAACACCUGGCAGAACAUGUGAGGCGCCGUGCUGCCGCCGCCGCGCCGGCACCCGCACAACCCGCACAACCCGCACCACCUGCCCGACAUCGACCCCGAGUACUGAGUGCCCAGGCACAUGCGACUUGACACUGGUGCUGUGUAGUGAAUACCGCGAUAACCCGCGUCCAAAAGUGCGUGUAUUGUGCUACCAAGACACUUGCGUGUAGUGUUUGUCAGAAAUACGAAUGUGUAAUGCGCGUCAGCGAUACGUCUGUGUAUUGCGCUACAAAGAGACUUGGGAGUAGUGUCUGUUAGAGAUAUGACUGUGUAGAGCACGUCAGAGAUACGAACGUGCAGUGCGCGUCAGAGCUACGUCUGUGUUUUGCGCUACAGACACUUGGGUGUAGUGUCUGUCAGAGAUACGAAUAUAGUUCGCGUCAAAGAUUCGUCCUGUAUUGUACUACAAAGACACUUGCUGUUAGUGUGUGUCAGAGAUACGAAUAUGAAGUGCGCGUCUAAGCUACGUGCGUGUAUUGUACAAAAGACACUUGGGUGUAGUGUCUCUCAGAGAUACAAAUGUGUAGUGCGCGUCAGAGUGCUACAAGACACUUGAGUGUAGUGUCUGUCAGAGAUAUGUGCAUGUAUGUGCAACAGACAUGUCCAUAUAAUGUAGCGAUUGACACGUCAUCUGAUACUGGAUCUACAUCAACCCGCCAUGAUGUGUGCUCGUUAUUGUGAAGCACUAACACUACAAUAUGACAUGUAGUGUAGUGCAGUAGAUUGGCGCACAAUACAAACAUAUUGUGUUAUGUGCUAAUAUAUUUGAUGGACAUUAGUAAAUUAACUGUUUAUAGUAAAUAAUUCCGUAUUUGAUUGUUUUGGGGAUAAUAUAAUUAAAUAUAUGUAUGGCAACUCAUUAUUCAAUUAUUCUUUUAGAUAAUAUCCAACAUUUACCGAUUUACCAACAUUAUAGUAAGGUAUUUUCAUUGAGAUUCAAUCAAUAUCUUGCAUUUUUAACUGCAGACACAUUAUUAGUAAUAACACUAAAGGCCUGUCCUACCAAAUUGUAAAUUGUCUGAUAACAAUCCAAUGUGUAAAAUAUGAGACGGGAGUAUCGGAUUUUGUU